CCAGCUCAAUCCAUAUUCCAUAACAUCCUGUUCGCCGUCUCCACCCUACAAUCUAGCAGAGUUUGAUAAAAACUGCAAGUUGAAACCUAGUCUCACCAAUUUCGGCCAACGCGAGGCAUCAAGCUUCAAGCUUCAAGCCUGAUCCAAGGCACAACAAACCUCGAAGGCAGCACGGGACGCUAAGUAACCGUUCUAUCAUCAAUUGUGGUGGAGAAUAAGGCCUUAUUCUGCCGCCGCAAUAGCACCACCCGGAAACCAUGUCGCCCAGCAUAAACAUAGACACACAACUGUAUCGUGUCGACGUCGAAGACCACGUUGUGGUAACGACUCUGCACCAAGCUGCAAGCGACGUAGGCGCUCAACCAGUGUCGCCUGUGGGCCGCCGCCGUCGAAAUCAGCGUAGCACCGCACGCGCUCGCAGUGUACGUGCGGAUGAGAAUGGCCAUAAGAAUUGGAAAAGGAAGCUGGGAGAAUACCUGGUGAAAGAUGUGUUGGUGCAGGAACUUCGGAGGAGGGGUAUACACUGGCCAAAGGAAGACAUCGUCCAGGGACGACUAGUGUCGUUCCCCGAAGGCUAUGAGCUGAUCAGCGUCCCGCGGCUCGGCGACGCCCAACGCCACGACCUCUACCUUAUCCGUCCUCAUUACGACGACGACGAGUACCGCUCGCCUGCGGAGUUUGGGCCUCAUCUUGCCUGGCUCAUGGCCGGCCAACCGCGCGAUGCCGGCGGUCGUCCAGUUUGCGACUGCUGUCUUUGCGUCAAGCUCAAUGCGGGAAAGCGUCCGGAUGUGGAUCACAGAAAAUACACAGACAUCCAUGACUAUUUCGCCGCACCUCACAAAGAGGCCGCAAGCUCCCAUGGAAGACACAUUCGUGUCAACAUUCCCGGUCCUAGCAAAUCGUCUGCGCAGACUACUCACGAUAUCAGCUUACGGGCGAAGGACUACAGGAGAUUCGACGGCAUCGCAAUGGGCGGUGGUAGAUAGAUGGUGUCUCAGCUCAGAAGGUGAUGUGGUUGGGCUCGAUUGAGCUAUAACAGAUACACAUGGAUACAAAACCGCUGCAACUGCUGAACUCAGCAGCCGAAAUAAUAACAAUAAUUCCGCCAUGGAAAGCUGUUUUCUUUC